ACCUCGCGGAGCUGCUUGCGGUCCAGUCCUCGCGCCCCGCUGCUGGCUGCGCUAGUGCCCGCACACCCGGGCCGGCGCUGCUCCUCCGGGGUAAACCUCCUCUACCUACAGGGGUCCCGACCGCCCACGAGGGGCUCUGUAAACCCCUGCCUUUUUUUUUUUUUAAAUUUCGGACCGCGUGGAUUUUUGUCUUCGGUCGCCUCCUCUCCGCAGACCUCUCCAUCCGCGCGCGCGCGCACACACACACACACACACACACCCACACCCACCCCCGGCGCCGGCGAUGGGGAGCCGUCGGCCGCUGCGUGUCCAUCCUUACUUCGUGUGGCUGGGUUGCGUGGCGCUCUGGGCGCAGGGCACGGCGGGUCAACCCCAGCCUCCGCCACCGAAGACUCUUCGGCCCCAGCUGCCACCGCAACAGGUCCGGCCCGCAGCCGAGGGCGGGUUCGCGGCGCCGGAGUACCGGGAGGAGGGCGCGGCGGUGGCGAGCCGCGUCCGCCGGCGAGGACAGCAGGACAUCCUCCGCGGGCCCAACGUGUGCGGUUCGAGGUUCCACUCCUACUGCUGCCCCGGCUGGAAGACACUCCCUGGAGGAAACCAGUGCAUUGUCCCAAUUUGUAGGAAUAGCUGUGGAGAUGGUUUUUGUUCCCGACCUAAUAUGUGUACCUGUUCCAGUGGCCAAAUAUCACCGACCUGUGGAGCAAAAUCAAUUCAGCAGUGCAGCGUCAGAUGCAUGAACGGCGGGAGCUGUGCUGAUGACCACUGCCAGUGCCAGAAGGGAUACAUUGGAACUUACUGCGGACAACCUGUGUGUGAAAACGGAUGUCAGAAUGGAGGACGUUGUAUCGGACCCAACCGCUGUGCUUGUGUUUAUGGAUUCACAGGACCACAGUGUGAAAGAGAUUACAGGACAGGCCCGUGUUUCACUCAGGUCAACAAUCAGAUGUGCCAAGGACAGCUGUCAGGCAUUGUCUGCACGAAGACACUGUGCUGUGCUACCAUCGGGAGGGCCUGGGGACAUCCCUGCGAGAUGUGUCCAGCUCAGCCUCAGCCGUGCCGCCGGGGCUUCAUCCCCAACAUCCGCACGGGAGCCUGCCAGGAUGUUGAUGAAUGCCAGGCAAUUCCAGGGCUCUGCCAGGGAGGAAAUUGCAUCAACACAGUGGGCUCUUUUGAAUGUAGAUGCCCAGCUGGCCACAAACAGAGUGAAACUACUCAGAAAUGUGAAGACAUCGAUGAGUGCAGCGUCAUUCCUGGGAUAUGUGAAACGGGUGACUGUUCCAACACCGUGGGAAGCUAUUUUUGUGUUUGUCCACGUGGAUAUGUAACCUCAACAGAUGGCUCUCGGUGCAUCGAUCAGAGAACAGGAACGUGUUUCUCGGGCCUGAUGAAUGGUCGUUGUGCCCAAGAGCUCCCUGGCAGAAUGACAAAGAUGCAGUGCUGUUGCGAGCCUGGCCGUUGCUGGGGCGUUGGGAGCAUUCCUGAAUCCUGUGCUGUCAGAGGCUCUGAGGAACAUCGCAGACUGUGUGUGGAUGGACUUCCAAUGGGCGGGGUUCCAGGAAGUGCUGGCUCCAGACCAGGAGGCACUGGGGGGAAUGGCUUCAUCCCAAAUGGCAAUGGCAAUGGCUAUGGUCCAGGAGGGACAGGCUUCCUUCCCAUUCCUGGAGGCAAUGGCUUUUCUCCAGGCGUCGGUGGAGGUGGAGUGGGGGCCGGGGGACAAGGGCCCAUCAUCACUGGGCUGACAAUUCUGAACCAGACAAUAGACAUCUGUAAGCAUCAUGCUAAUCUUUGUUUAAAUGGACGCUGCAUACCUACUGUGUCUAGCUACCGAUGUGAAUGCAACAUGGGCUAUAAGCAGGAUGCCAAUGGAGAUUGUAUAGAUGUUGAUGAAUGCACAUCGAAUCCCUGCACUAAUGGAGAUUGUGUUAACACACCUGGAUCCUAUUACUGUAAAUGUCAUUCUGGAUUUCAGAGGACUCCAACCAAGCAAGCAUGCAUUGAUAUUGAUGAGUGCAUUCAGAACGGGGUUCUUUGUAAACAUGGUCGGUGUGUGAACACAGAUGGAAGUUUCCAGUGCAUUUGCAAUGCUGGCUUUGAAUUAACUACAGAUGGAAAGAACUGUGUUGACCACGAUGAAUGUACAACUACCAACAUGUGUUUGAAUGGGAUGUGCAUCAACGAAGAUGGCAGCUUUAAGUGCAUCUGCAAGCCGGGGUUUGUCCUGGCUCCUAACGGACGGUACUGCACUGAUGUUGAUGAAUGCCAGACCCCAGGAAUCUGCAUGAAUGGACACUGCAUCAACAACGAAGGAUCCUUCCGCUGUGACUGUCCCCCGGGCCUGGCGGUGGGUGUGGAUGGACGUGUAUGUGUGGACACUCACAUGCGCAGUACCUGCUAUGGCGGAAUCAAGAAGGGAGUGUGCGUGCGUCCUUUCCCAGGCGCUGUGACCAAGUCUGAAUGCUGCUGUGCCAAUCCAGACUAUGGCUUUGGGGAGCCCUGCCAGCCAUGCCCUGCUAAAAGUUCAGCUGAAUUCCAUGGCCUUUGCAGUAGUGGAGUAGGGAUCACUGUGGAUGGCAGAGAUAUCAAUGAGUGUGCUUUGGAUCCUGAUAUUUGUGCCAAUGGAAUCUGUGAAAACUUGCGAGGCAGUUACCGAUGUAAUUGCAACAGCGGCUAUGAACCAGAUGCCUCUGGAAGAAACUGCAUUGACAUCGAUGAGUGCCUGGUAAACAGAUUGCUUUGCGACAACGGACUGUGCAGAAACACACCAGGAAGUUACAGCUGCACGUGUCCCCCUGGUUAUGUGUUCCGGACGGAAACUGAAACCUGCGAAGAUGUAAAUGAAUGUGAAAGCAACCCAUGUGUCAAUGGGGCCUGCAGGAACAACCUCGGCUCCUUCAACUGCGAGUGCUCCCCGGGCAGCAAACUCAGUGCCACGGGACUGAUCUGUAUCGACAGCCUGAAAGGGACAUGUUGGCUCAACAUCCAGGAUAAUCGCUGUGAAGUGAACAUCAAUGGAGCCACCCUGAAAUCUGAAUGCUGUGCCACCCUAGGAGCCGCCUGGGGGAGCCCCUGUGAGCGCUGUGAGCUCGAUGCAGCUUGCCCAAGAGGCUUUGCCAGGACCAAAGGUGUAACUUGUGAAGACGUUAACGAGUGCGAGGUGUUCCCUGGCGUUUGUCCAAAUGGACGCUGUGUCAACAGCAAAGGGUCUUUUCACUGUGAGUGUCCUGAAGGCCUUACGCUGGAUGGAACUGGCCGCGUGUGUUUGGAUGUGCGCAUGGAGCAGUGCUACUUGACGUGGGACGAGGAGGAGUGCGUCCAUCCUGUGCCCGGCAAGUUCCGCAUGGACGCCUGCUGCUGUGCAGUUGGGGCAGCUUGGGGCACCGAAUGUGAAGAAUGCCCCAAACCUGGCACCAAGGAGUUUGAGACCCUGUGCCCCCGGGGCCCGGGCUUUGCCAACAGAGGGGAUGUUCUCACAGGACGGCCGUUUUACAAAGAUAUCAACGAAUGCAAAGCCUUCCCUGGGAUGUGCACCUACGGGAAGUGCAGGAACACCAUUGGCAGCUUCAAGUGCCGCUGCAACAACGGCUUUGCUCUCGACAUGGAGGAAAGAAACUGUACAGACAUCGAUGAGUGCAGGAUCUCCCCCGACCUUUGCGGCAGUGGGAUCUGUGUCAACACUCCAGGCAGCUUCGAAUGCGAGUGCUUUCAGGGCUACGAGAGUGGAUUCAUGAUGAUGAAGAACUGCAUGGACAUUGACGAAUGUGAACGUAACCCUCUCCUUUGUAGGGGUGGUACCUGUGUGAACACAGAGGGCAGCUUUCAGUGUGACUGCCCACUGGGACAUGAGCUGUCGCCAUCCCGCGAGGACUGUGUGGAUAUUAAUGAAUGCUCGUUGAGUGACAACCUCUGCAGAAAUGGGAAAUGUGUGAACAUGAUUGGAACCUAUCAGUGCUCCUGCAAUCCUGGAUACCAGGCCACACCAGACCGCCAGGGCUGUACAGAUAUUGAUGAAUGUAUGAUAAUGAACGGAGGCUGCGAUACCCAGUGCACCAAUUCAGAAGGAAGCUAUGAAUGCAGCUGCAGUGAAGGCUAUGCCCUGAUGCCAGAUGGGAGAUCGUGUGCAGAUAUUGAUGAAUGUGAAAACAAUCCCGAUAUCUGUGAUGGUGGUCAGUGUACCAACAUCCCUGGAGAGUAUCGCUGUCUCUGCUAUGAUGGCUUCAUGGCCUCAAUGGACAUGAAAACGUGCAUUGACGUGAAUGAGUGUGACCUAAACUCCAAUAUCUGCAUGUUUGGAGAGUGUGAGAACACAAAGGGAUCCUUCAUUUGCCACUGCCAGCUCGGCUAUUCAGUAAAGAAGGGAACCACGGGGUGUACAGACGUGGACGAGUGCGAGAUUGGUGCUCACAACUGUGACAUGCAUGCCUCAUGUCUGAACGUCCCGGGAAGCUUCAAGUGUAGCUGCAGAGAAGGCUGGGUGGGAAAUGGCAUCAAAUGCAUCGAUCUGGACGAAUGCUCCAAUGGGACUCACCAGUGCAGCGUCAACGCUCAGUGUGUCAACACCCCCGGCUCCUACCGAUGCGCCUGCUCUGAAGGCUUCACUGGAGAUGGCUUUACCUGCUCGGAUGUCGAUGAGUGUGCAGAAAACAUACAUCUCUGUGAGAAUGGACAGUGCCUCAAUGUCCCAGGUGCAUACCGCUGCGAGUGUGAGAUGGGCUUCACUCCAGCCUCCGACAGCAGGUCCUGCCAAGAUAUUGAUGAAUGCUCCUUCCAAAAUAUUUGUGUCUUUGGAACAUGUAAUAAUUUGCCUGGGAUGUUUCACUGUAUCUGUGAUGAUGGUUAUGAAUUGGACAGAACUGGAGGAAACUGCACAGAUAUUGACGAAUGUGCAGAUCCCAUAAACUGUGUCAAUGGCCUAUGUGUCAAUACACCUGGUCGCUAUGAGUGUAACUGCCCACCGGACUUUCAGCUGAACCCCACUGGUGUGGGCUGUGUUGAUAAUCGCGUGGGCAACUGCUACCUGAAGUUUGGUCCUCGGGGAGACGGGAGUCUGUCCUGCAACACGGAGAUCGGCGUGGGCGUGAGCCGCUCCUCCUGCUGCUGCUCUCUGGGGAAGGCCUGGGGGAACCCCUGUGAGACCUGCCCCCCUGUCAAUAGCACUGAAUAUUAUACCCUGUGUCCUGGAGGUGAAGGCUUUAGACCAAAUCCCAUCACCAUCAUUUUAGAAGACAUUGAUGAGUGCCAGGAGUUACCAGGGCUCUGCCAGGGAGGAAACUGCAUCAACACUUUUGGGAGUUUCCAGUGUGAGUGCCCACAGGGCUACUACCUCAGCGAGGAAACCCGCAUCUGUGAAGACAUUGAUGAGUGUUUUGCACAUCCUGGCGUGUGUGGGCCUGGAACCUGCUACAACACCCUGGGAAAUUACACCUGCAUAUGCCCACCUGAAUACAUGCAGGUCAAUGGAGGCCACAACUGCAUGGACAUGAGAAAAAGCUUUUGCUACAGAAGCUACAACGGAACCACUUGUGAGAAUGAGUUGCCUUUCAACGUGACAAAACGGAUGUGCUGCUGCACAUACAAUGUUGGCAAAGCCUGGAACAAGCCUUGUGAGCCAUGCCCGACGCCAGGAACAGCUGAUUUUAAAACUAUAUGUGGAAAUAUUCCUGGAUUCACUUUUGACAUCCACACAGGAAAAGCUGUUGACAUUGAUGAAUGUAAAGAAAUCCCAGGCAUCUGUGCAAAUGGUGUGUGCAUUAACCAAAUCGGCAGUUUCCGCUGUGAAUGCCCGACAGGAUUCAGUUACAACGACCUGCUGCUGGUCUGCGAAGACAUCGACGAGUGCAGUAAUGGAGACAACCUGUGCCAGCGCAACGCCGACUGCAUCAACAGCCCGGGCAGCUACCGCUGCGAAUGUGCAGCCGGCUUCAAACUGUCGCCCAACGGGGCCUGUGUAGAUCGCAAUGAAUGUUUAGAAAUUCCCAAUGUCUGCAGUCAUGGCCUGUGUGUGGAUCUGCAGGGAAGUUACCAGUGCAUCUGCAGCAAUGGCUUCAAGGCUUCUCAAGACCAGACCAUGUGCAUGGAUGUUGACGAGUGUGAGCGGCAUCCAUGCGGAAAUGGAACUUGUAAGAACACUGUUGGAUCCUACAACUGCCUGUGCUAUCCUGGGUUCGAGCUGACUCAUAAUAAUGAUUGCCUGGACAUUGAUGAGUGCAGCUCGUUUUUUGGCCAGGUGUGCAGAAAUGGACGGUGUUUCAAUGAAAUUGGUUCCUUCAAGUGUUUAUGUAAUGAAGGUUAUGAACUCACUCCUGAUGGAAAAAACUGUAUAGACACCAAUGAGUGUGUCGCCCUUCCUGGCUCUUGCUCUCCUGGGACCUGUCAGAAUUUGGAGGGAUCCUUCAGAUGCAUCUGUCCUCCAGGAUAUGAAGUGAGAAGUGAGAACUGCAUAGACAUAAAUGAAUGUGAUGAAGAUCCAAACAUUUGCCUUUUUGGUUCCUGCACCAACACCCCAGGGGGCUUCCAGUGCAUCUGCCCCCCGGGCUUUGUCUUGUCGGAUAACGGUCGCAGAUGCUUUGAUACUCGCCAGAGUUUCUGCUUCACAAACUUUGAAAACGGGAAGUGUUCUGUACCCAAAGCCUUCAACACCACGAAGGCAAAAUGUUGCUGUAGUAAGAUGCCAGGAGAGGGCUGGGGUGACCCCUGCGAGCUGUGCCCCAAAGAUGAUGAAGUUGCAUUCCAGGAUUUGUGUCCUUAUGGCCAUGGAACUGUCCCUAGUCUUCAUGAUACCCGAGAAGACGUCAAUGAAUGUCUGGAGAGCCCAGGCAUCUGUUCCAAUGGUCAGUGCAUCAACACUGACGGCUCCUUCCGCUGUGAGUGUCCAAUGGGCUACAACCUUGAUUACACCGGCGUGCGAUGUGUGGAUACCGAUGAGUGUUCAAUUGGCAAUCCAUGUGGAAACGGCACGUGCACCAAUGUGAUUGGGAGCUUUGAAUGCAACUGCAAUGAAGGUUUUGAGCCAGGGCCCAUGAUGAAUUGUGAAGAUAUCAAUGAAUGUGCCCAGAACCCCCUGCUGUGUGCUUUCCGCUGCAUGAACACCUUUGGGUCCUAUGAGUGUACAUGUCCAGUGGGCUAUGCCCUCAGAGAAGACCAGAAGAUGUGUAAAGACCUGGAUGAAUGUGCUGAAGGGCUGCACGACUGUGAAUCCAGAGGCAUGAUGUGUAAGAAUCUGAUCGGCACCUUCAUGUGCGUCUGCCCGCCUGGCAUGACCCGCAGGCCCGACGGGGAGGGCUGCGUAGAUGAAAACGAAUGCAGGACCAAGCCAGGAAUCUGUGAGAAUGGGCGUUGCAUUAACAUCAUUGGAAGCUAUAGGUGCGAGUGUAACGAAGGGUUCCAGUCAAGUCCCUCCGGCACUGAAUGCCUCGACAAUCGGCAGGGUCUGUGCUUCGCAGAAGUGCUGCAGACAAUGUGUCAAAUGGCAUCCAGCAGCCGCAAUCUUGUCACAAAGUCAGAGUGCUGCUGCGAUGGUGGGCGAGGCUGGGGCCACCAGUGUGAGCUUUGCCCACUCCCCGGGACUGCCCAGUACAAAAAGAUAUGUCCUCAUGGCCCAGGAUAUGCCACUGAUGGAAGAGACAUUGAUGAAUGUAAGGUAAUGCCAAACCUCUGUGCCAAUGGCCAGUGCAUCAAUACCAUGGGUUCAUUCCGAUGCUUCUGCAAGGUUGGCUAUACCACGGAUAUCAGCGGAACGUCUUGUGUAGACCUCGAUGAAUGCUCUCAGUCCCCAAAGCCAUGCAACUUCAUCUGCAAGAAUACCGAGGGGAGUUACCAGUGUUCCUGCCCACGAGGGUACAUCCUGCAAGAGGACGGAAAGACAUGCAAAGACCUUGAUGAGUGUCAGACAAAGCAGCAUAACUGCCAGUUCCUCUGUGUCAACACUCUGGGUGGGUUCACCUGCAAAUGCCCACCUGGCUUCACGCAACAUCACACCGCUUGCAUUGACAACAACGAAUGUGGGUCUCAGCCCUCACUGUGUGGUGCAAAGGGCAUCUGUCAGAAUACCCCUGGGAGCUUCAGCUGUGAGUGCCAGCGAGGAUUCUCUCUCGAUGCCACUGGCCUGAACUGUGAAGAUGUGGAUGAGUGUGACGGCAACCAUCGCUGCCAGCACGGCUGUCAGAACAUCCUGGGCGGGUACAGGUGUGGCUGCCCGCAAGGCUACGUCCAGCACUACCAGUGGAACCAGUGCGUUGAUGAGAACGAGUGUUCCAACCCCAGUGCCUGCGGCUCGGCCUCCUGCUACAACACCCUGGGGAGCUACAAGUGCGCCUGUCCCUCGGGCUUCUCCUUCGACCAGUUCUCCAGCGCCUGCCAUGAUGUGAACGAGUGCUCCUCCUCCAAGAACCCCUGCAACUACGGCUGCUCCAACACCGAAGGCGGCUACCUCUGCGGCUGCCCGCCCGGGUACUUCAGAGUAGGGCAAGGCCACUGCGUGUCAGGAAUGGGAUUCAACAAAGGACAGUAUCUGUCAGUGGACGCAGAGGUGGAUGAGGAAAAUGCUUUGUCGCCAGAAGCAUGCUAUGAAUGUAAAAUCAAUGGCUACUCCAAGAACGACGGCAGGCAAAAGAGGAGCGCCCACGACCCUGAGCCAACCCCAGCUGUGGAGCACAUUAGCUUAGAGAGUGUCGACAUAGACAGCCCAGUCAACAUGAAGUUCAAUCUCUCCGGCCUUGGCUCCAAGGAGCACAUCCUUGAACUCAUGCCUGCUAUCGAGCCCCUCAACAACCACAUCCGCUACAUCAUCUCCCGAGGGAAUGACGACGGCGUCUUCCGCAUCCACCAAAAGAAUGGCCUCAGCUACCUGCACACAGCCAAGAAGAAGCCCAUGCCAGGCACAUACACACUGGAAAUCACGAGCGUCCCUCUCUAUGGGAAGAAGGAGCUGAGGACACUGGAGGAGCACAGGGAGGAUGACUACCUCCUAGGGGAGCUUGGGGAGGCUCUCAGGAUGAGGCUGCAGAUUCAACUCUAUUAACCCUUAGCAAAUGUGGGCCCAGGCUCAAACCACAGCACUGCCAGCCUUUGCGGGUGUUUGCAGUGUUGAUGAUAAAGGGGAGGGGGGGGAAAAAAAAACAACAAACUCUUGUUUCUUUCCUCCCUAUCUCAGACUUUGGAAUAUUGACCCUCGCAGGAGGGAUAAUUUAGACUCUGGUGCGGCCAAAGAUUUGAGUACAAAGGCAACCAUAGUUACUGUAUUUUUUGUAUGACUUCAUUUUUAAGUAUAUUGAAAAAAAAAACACUAAAUGUUCAAGAGAUCAGCAUAUGGCACUAAAUGCACAAAAAUAAUGUGAGCUUUUUUUUUUUUUUUUCCUGUUAGCAGUCUGUAACACUUCGGGUAUUUUGCUAUAGUUGCUAAUUAAAAAAAUAUAGAUGUUUAUUUAUUUUUAAUGCAGUAAUAUAUGGAGAAAUGAACAAACUAUGUAAACAAAAAAAAAGGGAAACUCACUUGUUUUUCUUUAGAUUUAUAAAUUUGAUCUAUUUCUUUUUAGAGGUGCUUUUUAAAAAUUCACUAGAUUCAAAAGAUGUUUCCUUUGGUUUUCUGCCAGUCCUCCAACUGGUACAUACCUGACUAUUUUAAAGAAAGCCUUGGAGAGCUCAAUAGGCAGCGAAACCAAUCACUUAAAAAGACGCGAAUGUCGUUCGAUCCUUUACAAAGGAGCUCAAAGCCAGAGCAGCUCUGUGACAGUCUUUCACAUCGCCGGACAACCAGGCAACGGAAGAUGAAACACACCACUGUAGCAAAAUACCUUGACUGCUCGGGAGACCAUGCGCAAUGCGACCAGACUGUACUGUACUUCCUUCCCGUAACCUCAAGGGCCGACACGUGCUGCCCAUAACGCCUCGUUCCCACCAGGGCGCGCUGCGCACUUGUGGCCCCGUAGGCAGCUGAGGGACCGCCGUUCCUUUGAGGAGGAACCCCAGGCGUUCUGUAGGGUUUGGUGCUGUCGUAGAUUCAUGGUGCAUUUAUUAUGUUCAAGCUACUUCAGGAUUGCCAUAUGUGCAAAACAAAUCAUGCUGUGCAGCCAAGGAAUAUAUGUUGUUGUUGUUGUUGUUGUUGUUGAAGACCUUUUCUUUUUUUUUUUUUUUUUUAGAAUUUUCAAUAAUACUGUAGUUAUGCAGCAUAUGCCUUGUUUUUAUCAUAGCUUAUUGUGUAUGAAAAAUGUUGGUAAGAUGACUUGAUGUUUAGUUUGCUUUAGUCAUUUGAAAAGAUAUCAUACCAGGAGGUGCUAAUGAGUAUGUCUCCAUGUUCUCUACCCCACGAACCUGUCCCUGGACCAGUGACCAGACCUCAUGUGGGAAAUGGCCAAAGCACACACCAACUUCCAGGCUGUCCCUCUCACACCUGCGUUGACCAAAGAUUAGUAACCAGUUGUAGCCAGUGUUUUGGGCUUUUUGUUUUGUUUGUUUUUAGUAACAAAAAAGAAAGAAAAAAAAAAAAAGAAAGAAAAACAGAAGAAACCGUGUAAAUUUGUAAUCAAGUGUUUGUGAGGAAAAUCUUACGGUUUUGGUUUUGUUUUUGUAAGUUUAUAUAUCAAAUAUGACACUUUUCUUGCAAUAAAGCUUAUUUUGGGGUA